GUGUUCGAAAAAUAUUCAUGGGUGGACAGGAAGUGAAUAGUCGGGGAGAGUUUUCGUGACGAGAGCCAUCUUGACGAGCAUCGGCUUGCUCAUGAUAGACGGAGGACGAGUCUGCGGCGGCGACCACGGCGACGGCGGCAAUGGCAUCGUUUCUAAAUGUUUCUUUCGAUUCUAAACGGCCGUGUUGUCUACAGUUAGAAUAGUCACGUUGUAUCGGUAACGGUCUUUCACGGGUGAGCCGGCUACUAUUUCAAGAUCGAAUUAUCUAACGAACAUUGUGGAUAGAGAUUCAAAUAUCGUACUGAACAAAAUGGAGGGAGGCGAUGGCCCUUCAGCCAUCAGUAGUAAUCCUACUGCUAUUAAAGCUGCGCAAGAAGAAAUGGGAAGACUAGAUGUUCUUGUAUGUGGCCAGUGUCAUUCAGUUUUUCACUUUAUUGAAGAGUUUCAAAAGCAUCGUACAAAAGAUGGCGCUUGUACUCAAGUAUCUCACUUCCGUGAAAAUAGUAAUAAUGAACAGAAAGCACAAGUUUGGGCUUUUCUACUAUGGAAAGAUUCACAAAUUCAGCAGGAAGGUUCAGAUAGAGAUUCUACAAACUCAUGGAAACUCUAUCAAAAAUGGUGCAAAAUGGAUACGCACAUUCGGGAUUCUUGGAUUGCAGCUGGAAAGACCAUUCAAACUUUCACAAAAAUUAGUAAUGCAAAAAUGCAAGAUGUACCAAGACAAAAUCAAACAGCCAAUGCAGAAGGGAAACCUGUGGUCGUUCGCAAAGUUAUUAGAAAUGGGCAACCGGAAGACGCGGAUAAGAAGGAUGUUAAAGGUCCAGAAGCAAAGAAUCAAAAAGAAUUCUUGGAUGCUGAAGGAGAAAAGAAGGAAAAACCGAAGUUGAAACCAUCUAUAAAACCUAAAGGCAAGUCUACUAAGGCUGGUGAAGAAGAUGUCACAACCGAUGAAGAAUAUACGGUAGAAAAGAUCCUAGCUAAACGAUUCAACCCGAAAAAGAGGUGCUCGGAAUAUUUACUAAAAUGGGAAGGAUAUGGACAUGAUCACAAUACAUGGGAGCCAGCGGAGCAUGUAGCAACAUGUAAACAUUUAUUAGAAGAAUUUGAAAGAAAUCUUGCAAAACAGAAAGAGUUAAAGGCAGCACAACAGCAAGCUAAUGCAAAAGCAGCUGCGCGAGCUGCUCAUCCUAUUCAGAAAACAGUAAUAAAAACGGAUGCUAAACCUGGACCAAGUACUGCAGCUCAAGUAGGGAGACCAAUGCGUUCAAGUAAAUCAAAAGCAAUGGAUCAAGUGAAACAAUGGUGUGGUUCUAUGAAAGACGAAGACAAUGAUUUGUUGGGUAAGAGAAGAAUGGACUAUUCCGAUAGCGAUUCGGAAGACGGAGGUAGCAGUGCUGCGAAACGAGCGAAAGGUGAUACGGGUAGUGAUGACGAUUGGACUGGGGAAUCUGACGAUGACAGAUUAUUGGGCCGUAGUGACGUUAUACAACGCGCGUUUAACCGUGCCAAUGCUCAAUCGAAUGGAUCAAACCGGCCGAGCAGUUCAUCGACAGAUCUUGCGACUUCGUUGGGAUUGCAGUCCCCGGAAGGAGCAAAAUCAACCCAACCGCCCGUUCUGGUUGCUAAUGCUAAGGGAGUCGUUAAAGUAGACCCUAAGCAAAUGCCGAACUUAACGUCUGGCGUGUACGUGAUGUCACGGAAGGAUGGCAUCAUCAAGUUGGACUCGUCUCCUAGCGGAAAGUUGGCUGUGAAAGGUUCGCCAACUACGCAAGGUGUCUUGAUGGUUCAAAAUCGAGAUAAUACUAAUGUGGUAAGAAAGCAAGUAAUAUCGGCCUCCCCAUCGAAUUCUGUCACGCCGGUCAAAGUGGUGUCCAAAAUCGAUGGAAAUCAAGUAGUAACUCAGAUGAAAGUAGUUACCAAGGCGGUUGCAGCAAAACCAGGAGGCACACAGAAAACCGAACCCAUAAAGAUCCAGCCGAAACCGGAUCCGACACAGUUACCGACGCAGAUACAUGUCGUGACAGCAGUGCCGACUCCUAUCGCUUUGCAGCCAAGAAUAAGUACAGGAGUGCGACCCGGGCCUGUUACCGGCCAACGCACUGCAGACGGUCGACCACUGUUACCAAGACCUCCGCUUCGCGCGACGACGCCGACUAGUGUACUCGGAAUCGGAUCCACGAUUCGCACGCCUGUCAGGGCACCAGCCCCGAGACAGAUUCAAUCGCAGCAAACGCGCCAGGUGCUACAGAAACGAACGACAACCGUGACCACGCAAAGUAAUUCGGUGAGCCCUGGAAACGUAACGCAGAUUAGACCGAAGUUCACGGUGCUUAGUCAACAGUCGAAGCAAGUGGUAAAGUCUGGAACUAGUCCAGUGCAACAAGUGAAACAAUCACCGAAAACACCGAUCGGUAAGCCACAGUCAUUAUUAUCUCCACAACAAAAGUUAUUAAUGGCUAAAAGAAAAGCUCAAGAAGCAGCGGGUAUUAAAUCAGGUGGCCGAGGUCUCCUGGCAGGGGCUCGUGUUAGCGUUGGACGAGGUAGAGGAAAGUUGCCGGAGUCGCCAUCAGCCACAACGCCAGGAAACAAACCGAAAGAGAGUAAAUUGGCCGAGGGCGAUGGUCUUCACAUGGAAUUCCACGAGGUCGGCUCCGAAGAAAGUAGCAGCGAGGGUGAACCAGAGCUACCGCCGCCGGAGACAGAUACCAUAACCACCACAGAACCGGAUAGUCCACCUCGACCAUUUACUCUUUGUCCAUUAACGGGACGUAUCAUUGGGCCAGAUGGCGAGCCCGUUGAACAGCAAGCCGAGCCGGAACCGGAGCCUGUGCCUACGACACCGUUGUCCACUGUCAAAACACCCACCACCACUACAUCGGAUAGCAUCGGUGUCCCUGCUACAACCACCACUACAGAGUUGGUCCUACCUUCCCUCGAGUCCCUUACAGAUGGCAGUGGCAUAAUGAGAGUCGAAAUGAGUCCCGGUGGAACAACAGGCACUAUCGUUCAGACAAGCGAACCUGCACAAAUCAACUUGUCGAACGUGUCCGUACCUGCUCCGGAUCUUCCCUGCUUGGACGACACUGCUCCAGCUGUGGCAGUACCGACAACAACUACGUCUACACCAUUAACCGAAACAACACCAACUCCUGAGGCUUCUAUCGCAGCUGCACUCUCAACAGCCACGGUCACUUCUACCAGCACGAUUGCCAUCACGUCCGCUGACGUGACCAAACCCGAAGAGAAGCUACCAGAGGAGAGGAAGGUAACUCCAGAGGACACGUCGAAUUUAGUAACGAUAACAGGCGAGGAUGGUGUCGUUUAUCAAGUGACCGGACAAGCUGACGACGGUCAAACAUUAUUGGUCACGCGUGAAGCCGACGGCGAACAACAAUGCGUCUACGUUACCACGGAACAGCAAGGAGACGGUGGCUCGGUGCUGACAUUGGAUCAUGCAGUCGCCGAAGCUGUCGCGCAGCUAAUACCCGAUCAGGUGAACUUGGCAUCUCAAUUCUAUGUGAAGGAAGGUGCGUCGGAACCCGCUGAAAAUCCAAUGGUGAUGUCUAUCAUGGAUAAUUCGAAUACGACUGACGUGGCCGAGGGCCAGGAAGAUGGCGAUGGUCAUGGACAAGUUGUAGCUCAAGUUGUACAAGCAGAAGAACCAACACCAGGAGGUACCAGAAGAGUAGUUUUACUCUUACCGGAUGGCAACCUGAUGAUGACAGAAGUGACGGAGGAACAGUAUGCAGCACUAGGACUGGGCAAGUGAAGAGAACUCACGAAAGUAACUGACACAAAUGGAUUGUAAUAAGCGAUCGUGCAUCGAACUAUAACAAUCUACAUGGAAGUUGUACGCUUAAGGGUGAUCGUGGGUUGUAUAUAUGUAAGAACGUUCACUUCGUACAAUUGCAAUGGAUAAAAUCAUAUAUUGACAUUUUCCAGCUGAAAAAGAAUAAACGAAUGCAAAAUGUGAAUUAUAAAACAUAGCUGGUGCAUUGUGUAAAAAAGAUACCAGGAGAAAUCUAGAAUUAGAUUACGAUGAAUGGAACGAUUCUUUUAGAAAUUCAUGUCUCAGUGUAAAAUGAACCCGCUGGAAUUUUACUUUUUAUCGUUUAAUUUAUAAAAAAAAGAAAAAAAACAUAUACGAGGGGGAUCGCAGGUUUUCGCCUAAGAUUGAAGCGGAUGGAAUAAUAUCACAUUACAAACCGACACCAUUACAUACACAAGUUUGAAGUAAGCAUUGUAUUUGUAGGAUAGUGAAGUAUAAUCUGGGGUUUUAUAUUUUCUAAACAAUAAUAGGCUUUUAAUAAAGACCUUUAUUCCCUGCAUACAACGUCCAAGCUUAUCGUCAUCGCAACAUAGAGGACUCGCCAGACAAGCUAUGGUAGUUACCGACAUCAAUUGGCGUUUGAAAAAAAAAGCUAUCAGAUGUAAAUAUAAUAUGUAAUUGAUUAAUUAAAAAAAAAAAAAUGAGAAGAAAAGUUUCACGGGAAGCUUGAACCUAGUUUGACUCUGUGUUGAAUAUUCUCAAUGGACGAUCGAUUCUAAAUUAAAUUUUUGUAACAGGUCAAAAGAUGAUGUCUACGGAUGAAUUUUAGAAAUUCACACUGUAAAUCAUCUUCCUCGCGAGCGCAAAAAAUCUUGUUUUGCGUUUUCAUGGACUAUGUAUGCUUACGUAUAGAUUAAAUAAGUGCACUCUUAUCAAAGAUCACAUCAUUUCUAAAUCUAUGCAGGCUUUAAGAAACGAAAAGAAAGAAGAGAGACGAAAAUACAGUGUUGUUUAAUGGAACAUGACACGCGUCUCGUUAUUGAGCCCAUUCCUUUUCAGCUUAAAGAUACACCGAUUUAAAAUGAAAGCAAAUAUAAUAAGUAAGACUAAUGCUUCUGCGCCGUAUGCUCUUAUCAAUCAUGCGAACAUAGUAUUAAUUUCUUUUUAUUAUUAUUAUUAUUUUUUUCCAUACGUUAGUCGAACCUGUAAACGAUGGGAAAUCGUUAUGAAAACACGUAGUUGAAAGAGAACAAGAUUGAAGCGUCCAAUUUCGAUCCGAUGUCCUGAGAGAACAAAUGAUCUUUCGUUAGACUGUACAAAGCGUAAUCUGUAAUCUUGUAUACGUGAAAAAAAUCAUACAUAUGAUGUCUAUAUGCGUGUUACAAAAGAAUUAUACAUAGAGAGAUUGAAUGAUAAAAAAAAGAAAACACGAAAACAUAAUAAUGCAACAACACAACAGUUACGAAUUAAGAGUUCUUUGUAUUUACGAAUUGCGGAUUAUGGUAAAUGUAAUAAGUGUACCUUAUGUGAUCGCGACGUUGAACAAGAGAGCAGCAUGUUUUGUCAGCGUACAUAGGGUUAAACUAGAUUCAAGCGAUUAAGUAUAGAGAGCCCGUAAGAGCUCGCAAUAAAUGGAAAAAGGAGAAAAAAUUGCACGUGACAAAAAUCCAUUAUACAUACAUGUCUCUCAGUGUAAGAGGAAACUAUUUUGCACGGUGUACGGCCAGGAAUAUAAAAUCCUAGUAUUUUACUAACGUAACCCUUUUGUACAUAGAACUUCAUUCUCUAAACCUUUAUAUAAAAAAAAUUGUUUCCAAAUAAAUCAUAAUCUUAAAACUAA